CAUAAGGACAGCGGAGACGUUGGGGCGUGGGUGCGUGCAGUACAUGAGUGCGGGCACGGGCGUCACGCACUCCGAGAUGAACCACUCCAACCACCUGCAACGGUUUAUUCAAAUCUGGGUGAAGCCGAAUGCAAGGGGUCUCAAGCCCAAUUAUGGCUCACGUACUUUCAGCAAGAGCGAUCGCCACAACAAGCUACAGCAAGUGGUAACCAGCUAUGACCGUUAUGGUUCGAAUCAAGAUGCCGGGUCUGGAAUCAUUCCCGUGAAUCAAGAUGUGAACAUCUUUGUCUCGGAGAUGGAUGGCCCAGUGAGUGCCACGCCCGAAUCGGCUGCUGCUACGAGGAGCUUGGAGUACACACUGCAGAGGGGGCGGCAGAUGUACCUGCUGUGCAUUGAGGGUGGCCUCACUGUGACCUCCAAGCAGAGUGGCAGUAAGGAGUCACUCGAUGCCCGUGAUGCCCUGCAG